AAUUGUAAUGGAGUCUACCAUGUUUGUUUGUUUUUACCCAUUCCAGGCAAAUGGCUUUGUCUUGCAGUAGAUAAUAUUUGGCCUCUUCAACAGAAAUGAAGUGAACAUUUCUGCUCUUUACAGUUUGUGGUCCCCCCAAAUGGCCACCAUGUCUGGAGCGAAUAGUGAUCAUCUGCACAGGUCCACCAUCACUGUAUAUACUAAUCUGAUGGAACAUUUCAACCCUGACCUACAGAAGAUGGUCAGCUUAGGAAACAGCUAUGUUAAAGCAUUCCAAUCUCUUGCAGUGACCAGCGAGGCCUACUUUAGUGCGGUGGCUAAGAUGGGAGAGCAGGCUCUGCAUACAUUUUCAUCUCGCUCCCUGGGUGACGUCCUGAUCCAGAUCUCAGAGACUCUGCGCAGACUCACGGCAGAAAUCGAGGGGGUGUUCCAGUGGUUCCAUAUUGAAGUGCUGCAGGCCAUGGACAAGAAUGUGAAGCUGGAUGAGGAGUACAUCGAUGGCAGCAGAAGGGUGUAUGAGCUGGAGGUGAGAAAUCAGGCCGCUGCUCUGGAGAGACAGUUAAGAAAAGGAGCGUUCAGAGACUCACUGGAGAGCAGUGAGUACAUGCAGUAUCUGAGACAGAGUCACCAUGAGAUCCUGAAGGAGGAGGAGAGACGGUACCGCUUCCUGGCAGAGAAACACUGCGGACUCACUCAGUCCCUGCUCUUCCUCAUCAACAAGACAGGAACAUCACUGCACCAGAAGGCAGAGGGCUGGAAGGAAAAGGUCAACGAGAGCAGAACAGCCAGACCACGAACCCCCACACACCCUGACCAAGAGGCCCAGCUGAGGAGCUCUCUGACCUUGCUGCUGCAGACUGGGGACAGAGAGGAGGAUAGAAUCGGAAGAGACCAGCAGCCUUUGGGAAGAGUGCCCUCCAGAGCUCCUUCCCCUCUGCACAGCCGCUCUCGCUCCAGCUCCGUGGGGGAGAGUCUGGGGUUGGGCAUGGGUCGCCCCAUGCGGGCGCUGCUCUCCCAUCCCGCCUCCUCCAACCCCGUGCUCCUGCCCUUCUCCCGGGGCGACACGGUCACCGUGCUGCUGCCUGAGCCGCGCAACGGCUGGCUGUACGGCCGUCUGGACAGCACCCUCCGACAGGGGUGGUUCCCUGCUGGUUAUGUGGCCCCAGCUGAGGACUUCCUCCAGCCCUUGGGCUUAAGUGGGGCCUCUGUGCGAAGCCACAGCAUGAACAAUAUUUUUGAUGCGACCGACCAAUCAGAGCAAGUGUACGCCAGGAGAGAAAUCCCCGCCCCAACCACACCUUCUCGAAGGAGCUCAGUGGACAUCCGUCCGGUGUCUCCCCUUCCUGAGAAGUUCUCCUACGAAAGCAAGACCAUCAAUCAGAAAAGCUACAGUGAAAUCCCACCCCCUGUCACCCCCCUUCGAAGGGCCUCUGUGGAUGUCCGUCCAGGCUCUCCGUUGCCUGAUAGGAGGGCGGUGUCUCAUUUUGACAGCAAACCCGUCAACAAAGGCUUCGACGUCUCCCCCCCUGCCCCGCCUCCUCCCCCACCUCCUCCUCCUCCUCCUCCUAAGACACCCAUGGAGCUGAAACCCACCUCCUCACUCCCCGAGAGGGACACCGACUCCAGCUCUGGGAGAUCUAGUCCUCAUGGGCUGCUACCAGAAAACCCGCUCUUCCCAAGGGGCACCAACCCGUUUGCCACGGUGAAGCUUCGCCCGACGUCCACCAAUGACCGAUCUGGCCCACGGAUUCAAUGACUCUGGAUCACCUGCAUUGAUUAGCUGCAAUAUCCCCCCAAAAAUGAGAGGAAUUUGAUUUCUUUGGAAUUGUUGAUAUGAGGAGCACUUUUAAGUGAUUAAGUGAAAUAUUUACCAUUACCUUUAGAUAUGGAAUGUACAUAGUUAUGUAGGUGUGCUUUUGAAAGUGUUGGUAGGUUUUCGAGAGUUUGGUAGGUUUCUGUUUGACUGCUACUUUUUAAAACAUCUGUUGCACACUUUGCUAACCAAGACUUUAAUGAUGCAGACUUGCAACCUCUGUUUGAAUAGUGAAGAACUGUAAUAAAAUAUCGUAAGCCAUGGGGGGCACUGUGGCGCAACCAGUAGCCCCAAUCACAUUCGGGCUUGAGGCCCAUGGAGGACACAGGUUCGAUUCUGGCCUGAUGUCAUUUCUCCUGUCCACUCCCCGCCUUUUCUCCCUCUCAUUUCCUGUCCCACUCUUCACUAAGACUAUCGAUUAAAGGCCAAAAAGCCCAAAAAUAAAUCUUAAAAAAAAAAAAAAAGAUAUCGUAAGCCAUGGCCCUUUUGUGUUCUGAGGUGUGCUCUGACCAGUGUGUGGAGACAGUAGAAACUCACAUCCCAUCAACUGUUAGUGCGGCCAUUAAAACAAAUGAAAA